AGUGGAAGUCCCUGGGCGCAGGGUGCUUGAUCACUUCCAUGGGGGUAUAUAUCAGGGUAAAUGCUCUUCCCGGCGACAUUAAUUCUCAAAACGAGAGGGGAAAGCUCACGUUGAUCGACGAUUCUGUCCUCUGGACUCUCUAAACUUAUUUUUAAUUGCCUGUAUGAUUUCAUGGUUGCGUUUCUCUGAUUUUUCCUCUUCGUCGUUGAUAGAGCUUCUACAUAAUUUUGGAACAUAUAGGUCACGAUGAUGACACUACGACUAGAGUGCACGUAAGGUGACGUCAAAAUAAACAUCAAGAAUGGGAAACAGUGGAAGUUCACCGAUGGGCGCAUCCGUGCCAGUCAACUCCCAGGGACUUGAACAUCGCCCUCCCCUAGAGAAACCAAUCAACAUCACUAAUAACAACUCUUCCAUCGAGACACCGAAGGUUCCUCCGUCCACCAAUGGCAUCGAAAAAGAGUUGAUCAGUAUGAACGGAAGCGGCAGCCACGACGUGAUUUUCAACAAGGACAACGAGCCGUUAAUCGGGGAGAAAACCAAGUUUGAAUGGGACAGACGGGUGCCCCUCAUGGACCCCACCGUAGUGGCCAUGAUGGUAGAGAAGAUGGAGAUGAUGAAGAAGAUGAAGAAGAUGGGAGGGCGCCCUCCCAUGAACAAUGGGCAAGAACCAAACGGGACGGUGGUGGACGGGAAAAUGCCAACGAACGGUCACCUGCAUCCGGCACCUUUGACUGGUAACAUGACAUCCAACAAACGGUUACCACCGAAUGGUACGCACCCCCAUGGGAAGGCCGCGCCCAACGGUGCACACCCCAUGAAUGGAAAGAUGCCGCCGAAGUUCCCCAAGCUCUUGGGCAGUACAGAAAAUGCGGUUCGAAUUGUGAGGCAUAUGAAGACGGUGUUCAAUUCAGAUGAAGUACAGGACCUGUGCGAUGAGAAACUGGACUCGACAGACAGCAACAUGAUGUUCAAAAUGAUGCAAUGUAAACUGGAGAUGGAAUUUAAAUUCUUAAACGACCUGGGUAUGGGUCACCUCACGCAGCUGAUCAAACAAGGAAAACUUCCUCCUGUUGUGCAACUGAUCUUCAUAUGCUACCAAGACGAUCCAGAGGUCUUGAAGGAACUGGCAUUCGUUGGUCCCAUAUUUUCAAAGCGACCCGAUCUAAUGGUUAGAAAAGGAGACGCAGUUCCGAAUAUCAUCCUGAGGACUUGCUCCGAAGAAGCAGUGACGCUGAACGAACUUCAUCUCAACAAAAACCUCCCCCUUGUUGUCUUUGCCGCCUCCUCAUCCUGACCCCCGCUUCAGGCCUGUUUAAUAGGUGGAGCCCUCUCCGACUUGUUGGAGAGUUACCGAACGCAGGCCGAGUUCUUAGUGGUUUACUUGGAGGAGGCCCAUGCCAAAGGGGAAUUUGGCAUGGGAAGUAAGAUGAGUAGGAAUUCUAGACAUUCCUCUAUCCAUGAUAGAAUCAAUGCGGCAAAGGAUCUAGUAGCACUGGACAAAACUCACAAUUGCUGUUUGACCGAAGACAUUUCCGACACCAGUCGAAUGCGGGUUGUAGUGGACACUAUGGACAAUACCUUUACGUCCCGCUUUGACGCUUUCCCCGAUCGCGCGUUCAUCAUCCGCAACGAACAAGUGGCGUAUAUUGGUUCUGAUAUUAUGGACCAAAUGGAACACCCCGAACAGCUGAUGACGGACGAGAUCCGCGUCUGGUUGAAAGAGAAUAAAGAGAACAUUUAAAUAAGUAUGCCAGCCGCCACCAGACCGUCAGAGUGACUUUUUUAUACUGCCGCGAUUGAAAGACUGGGACAUGACGAACAUCUUCAGAGACUUUUAGAUAGACGCGAAUCGAAGGAGAGCAUUGCGUGUUUGAUCAUUACCGUUAGUUCGUACCGGGAGUUCGUACUGCUUUGCAAUCUGGCAAGUAAAGAAAGUGAGAUGGGUGAUGGGUCUAUCCACAGAAAUGUACGUUGUUGAUAUUUCUAUGACAUGCUCUGCUGAGAUCGAAUGCCACAAUGCCAUCUAUUAAUCUAUGCUCUGAGGAUAGCGUCGUCAUCGGACGCGACAGAUACAUUUGCCUCUGUUUUUAGGGAGACGCCACUUUUGCUUCUCAUUUUCCUAAUGUGUCAUGACAUGGAAGACCAUAGCAGUUCCACAUAAAUGUGUCCCCACCCAACAGAGAUGUCAUCAACUGCGCACUUAUAAAUUCGACGUCAGGGGAGGGUUUCACGAGGAGUUCUGGAAGAGAUUUUUCACUGACUACUUCGCUUUCAGCCAAUAGGAUUCAAGGAUUUCAACUCGUUCAGAAGAUCAGUCACUGAACAAUUACGGUGGAAAAGAAUCAUAAAACGCUACCCAAUGGAACAUUUCAUGAAACGAAUAGUGAUAUUUUAACUAUUGCUAUACAACCUAAUGAAAUUCUUGUAUCUUAUUGGCUUUAAACAAACCCCCCCCCCCAAAAAAAAAAAAAAACACUAUUUGUUUCAUUGAACACAACCCUGAGCAACGGGAAGCGACUUUGAUUCUGAAAAAGGGAAACAACUGCUUGUAAAGUUUGUUGAAUUUGCCUUUUUUUUCUUCUACUCAUUUAUUAUUAUUUCUUUAGGGGGGACACAUGUACCAUAAUGCAUCUUUGAGUAAAAGGUUUUUUUUUAAAUCAGUGUCUUAAUUUUUCCUCAAACUACCUCGCGUACUAUUACGAGACAAUGCAAAUGGCUUUACAAACAAUUUACUGGCUUCACUGUUUGUAGUCUGCAUUAAAUCACCUGAUCAUGAUUAAUAUACUUUCCUCAUUUUGAAUGUAUAACAUGUAUGCACAUGUCACAUGAUGUAAUAUAAGAAAAUAAUUGAAUGUGUAUUGUAUAUAGAUAUAUUUGCAGCUGUCAUGAUGUGGGGCAUUAUUAACUACAAUUAUUGAUAACCUUUCAUCAAACUAUUUCUAACAAGAAAACGUUUUCUAUUUUGCUUCUUUUUUGUUUACUUCUGGAAACAAACUCAUGUAAAUUAUAUGGUAUUAAAAUAGGAGUAUUAAGAGUUGGGCUAAGAUAAUACAUUUGUGGCAUUGUUUCGAAGGUCCGGUGAGACCAAAAGAAAGAAUGUCUUAUGGAGGAGGUCCGUAAGUCCGACACUUUUAUUCCGAAGGCGUGAUAAAUCCAAAACUAAGUAAAGUUAUUAAGCAAUUAACGAUAUGAACCAUCUUUCAUUUUCGGACUGUUGCAUCGUUUGGAUAAAGAACUUUCUUUUUCGGAUUAACGAACCUUUGGAACAAGCCUUCGGAAUAAUGAACGGAUCUUCGAGAACAAAGAAGAAGAAACGAGCCUUUAUCGGAUGAAGGGACGUGGGAAUAGCGAAGUUUGGGUGUUACAUAUUUAUGAAUUCCUACAAGUAAACAACACCAAAUGGAGGGACAUGGUGACUUUAAUUACAAAAUGGAUCGUUAGCACAUUGGCUACAUGGCCCAGCACAAUGGAUAAUGCCUUCAUAAUGUGACGAACGAAAUAAAUUUGCAUUAUGGACGAUAAGAUAAUGAAUCUGGAUUACACAAUAAUUACGU